UUAUCUAAUCGAAUAGUUAAGUUGGUGAUUAACUCGUAGUCGACGAGCACCUUUCGACGAGUGUCUUCUUCGCUACUUGAACCUUAGCUCUUGAACUAGAGGCAACACAUCGCAUGCGUCUCAGGAAGAGACAUUUAUCUCUAUGAAAUUACCCGUUAAAAAGAAAUUGCGUCGGUUUAAACAAGACUCCUAUGUUUGACUGAGGAAGAGCAAUUUUUUGGCGUGCCGAAAAUGCAGUUUCAGCUGCCCCUUAGGAGUGAAAACACCUUUCAUACUCCCAAUCACCACCACUAUCAAAGAGACUUAAUUUUCGGGGGCCACCCUGCUUCAGUUUCCGCGCCAUUUCCACCGUCAACAAACACGAACACGACAAACCUCAACAUUGUUAUUGUUUCGCUUUUAAGUGGCGGUCUAGCAGCACAGAAUAGCGCAUUAGCAGUCGUAAAGCAGUCAACUUUGUGACCAAGUUGUGACACUGUCGGCCACUAUGGAGUGGAAUAUCCGAAACGAUUACGAUCCCGGGGAUGAAACUAUUCAUUUUGGAACCCGAGCGUACGCUGAAAGUGAUGGUUGCAUUUACGAAAUCACAACUGCUGCUACCUUUCAAAAUGAUAGUGAGAUUUCAGAUAUUCCACUUCUCAACUUUGGAUACAUUUGCAAUGGAGGAAUUUGUGUUUGUGUCGGCAAAACAAUCACAGUGUUUGCUGAUGCAUCAAGUUCAUCAGCAUUGUUUAACAUGGAAUUCGACUCAGUAAUUGAAACCUUCGCUCAUUCUAUUGAUGGAAACUUUCUUAUAGUGGGGCUCAACAAUGGUUUCAUUCACUGUUUGCAUAUUCCUUCUGAGGGGCAGCCCGUUUAUGCCAAGAAGGUCCAAACUCAACCUAAAAGUGGUCAAAUGUUUGUAAAAAUUAUUGUUGAUGAGAGCUUUGCCGAAGAUGUUUUAGUAGUCUGUGCAUCAGGCUUUGUUGCAAACUUAGCCAAUUUUCCCUUUUCCUCUUUGCAUACGGCACUUUCCAAUGAUGAUGAAACCAAAGUGAAAGAAUUACUUGCAGACACAUCUUUAGAAAAUCUUAGUGGGAUCACCUCAAUUGCUCCAAUUCGUGCUGCUACCACCUUGAAGUGGAAUGAUGAACUUGUAAUACUUGCUGUAGGCAAUGGCAUUGCCACAUUGCCUACAGGCCUGGGCUCUUGUGCUGAUGCAGUUGAAAUUAAGUGGUUGGAGCGUCAAUCUGCGUCGACUUUGUUCCAAAUUAGAUCAACAAGUGAUAAACGCCUCUUUAUUGCACUGAAUGCUACUGGUCAACUUGUCCGUGUAUGCCCGUUUACUCUACUGACAAGAAAUUUGACAUGGAAAAACUGGAAACCCAUUUCUGAUUUUCAGCUAACGGGAAACAGUACAUCAGAAGCAUCAAUAAUUGCUCUAACUGCAUCUGCCGAAGCAAAAAGCAAUCUGUCAUUAAUGUCAUUUCCAGGUUUUGGUGAAAAGUUUUCUCUAGCUGUAGGGGAGAAAUCGGUUCUAAUGUGCACUGGCUGUGAUUUGGAAGAUAUUCCUUUCCUUGAGUUUGGAUGUGAUAAAUCAAACCAGACUUCGACAAUUUCUUUGAAAUCAGCCACACAAACUGUUCCCAUGUUCAGGCUAGAGCGUCUCUUGUUUAGGAAAAAAUUUGAGGCUGCUGAGUCUCUUGCCACUAAUUUUGGUUUGGAUAUGACUCCUGUUCACAUGGCUAGAGCUCAAAACUUCCUUUCUCUAAUGGAGCCAUGGGGCCGGAAUACUAGUGAUGGUGAAAUCCAAGAUCUGCUAAAACCCCUUCUAAAUGAACUUGAUAAAAUUAAGGAUUUGGAUUUUGUCAGCAAUUGUUGUGUUAGUGCUGUUCCUCCGAACUACCUUGUUGCUCAUACCUUGUUGGAAUAUGCACAGAAGAGAUUAGAGUUAUUUUUUGUGAAUAACCCUGAGUUAGAAAGUAAAGUUUCUGAAUGGUCAGCUAGUGUGUGUGGCUCAAUGCUUCGCUUAGAGACUUUAAAUCUUCUGAAAACGUCCUGGAAUGUAGAGGAAUGGCUUGAUUUUAGUCGUGCUGAUUUACUGCGCAAUCUGCAGAAAUGUGUGAAAGAGGGAGCACUGUCAGAGGCAUCAGUCAUAUGGUGUAGACAUAAGUCCUCAUUCAAAAGUUUCCUUCAAGAUGAAUACUUAAUCCAUUGCCUUCUGGAAGAAAUCCCAUCUUGGGUGGCCCUUGAUAAAAUUUUGGAAUGGCUUGCACAAUUAUUACCUUCCCUCUUGGAAGCACAACCAAAUGCCCUUUCAGAGAUAGUAACAUGGAUUCUUCAGAAGAUUUCUGAUUUAGAACGGUCUCAUCCACGGGAAUGGCCCAAAAUAGGGCUUGAUUAUGCAGAUAGGACAUUAAAGCUCAUGUCCUCUCAAAACUUUGGCAGCCCUUUCGUGGGCUUGGAAGCAUCUCCUCUAAGACCUCUUGUUGUCCUUCGCUGUGCUCUCACUGAUUUAUAUUCCCUGCGCUCUAAAUACUACAUCUUCAUUACACUUGAAGAGUACAGCCAGUCUCCUUCAGAUGUAGCUGUAUUGCUUUUGGAUUACAUUGAUGUGAGUUCGAUUUCAGCAUUUGUUACUGGAUAUUUUAAUGGUUAUGUGUUGGAUCACAGGCUAGAUGGAGAUGAUAUUAUUUCUACCUACAUUAUGUGUGUUUUACAAAGUUCUGAUGGUUGGUGGAAUUGGGAUGAAGCCCCUUGGGAACUAAGAAUUGCCACUCUAAUUCCUCACAUAACUAAUUACAAAACUCGACUUCAAUGCAUUAAUGCUUCUCUCGAAGCAGCUCCUGUGCCAUGGAGUCCACUCAUAUCCAACCUUGCUGAAGAGGGGCUCAAAUUAAAGCACCCUUUGUCAUCACUCAUCCGUGAAAAACAGAAACAAAUUGUAACAAAUCUCAUACUUAAGAAAUAUGAUUUAAAGACACACAUUAACAAAAUUAAUAAAAAGGUGUUGUUAAAAUAUAUAGUGAAGCAGAAUCAUCCUGAUAUGCUUAGUGAUAUAGCUGAACUUUCUCAAAAGUCUGUAGACGACUAUGUUACUGUAAUUAUGCAUCUGUUCUAUAUGGGGUUGACAGCUAAAGCCCUUGAGGUAUUACAGAAAGUGCCGAAUGACAUGAUAGUGCAGAUUUGCCCCCUCCUAAUACGCACAUUGUCCACCAAUUUGGACUUGGAUGGGGUUUGUGAUUCGGAACAGAAACUUGAAUUCAUUUCUGCUGUGGCUGUUUGCCAUGAAACUGCAAGAUCUUCAAACCCUCCUGGACUAACUCACAUUGAGGACCUACACAACCCAAAGGACUUACCUCUCUCCUUAGAAGAAUUGAAAAAUCGUUUUCGUUUGAAGAAAGUCUUCAGGAAGUUUUUGACUCUUGAAGAAAUGAGCAGUGUUCCAUGUCGCCAAAAGGUUUUAAAAGAUAUUGUAACUGAAUUAUUGAUUGAGGUUACUGAAAACGAAAAGCCAAGACAGAGGUCCAUCAACCUUUAUUAUCAGUCAAUGCAUGCCGCCAGACUUCUCAUGCUUCCUCCUAUUGUUGCUUUGGUGGAAGUAGUUGAGCAAGCUUUAGAAAUGUCUGACUUGGAACUUGCUACCUUUAUUGCUGGAGCCUUCGAUGAUUUAAAUUGUUUAACUAGUGAUGUCUAUAAGAGGUUGAUGAAAAUUCCUCACUUAUUUCUAAAAAAAGUUUUACCCAACUGUGGAAAAGAAGGUACCAUCCAAAUUGUACAAGAUGCCUCUGCAGCUGUGUAUCAUAUAGCCUCUGCAGUUUGUAGCUAUUGUGAGCAAGAGCAUAUAAACGAAGCCAUACAGACUUUUGGUUGGGCACGAGUCUGGAAUUUUGUGUCAGGACAGCAUGAUAUGUCUGCUAUUUGGCAGAAGGAUUCUCUCCUAAACUGGCGCUUUACUCCCUUAUAUAAGGACCCUGGCAUGGCAGGAUUCCUGAGUGGUUCUUAUUUACAUGAUUUCCUGUUUGCUGCGUUCAAUUUCCAUCAAAACAAAGAUAAUGAAACAGACUUCUUGUCUGAAUUAAACAGUUCUACCGUAAAACUUCAAAAUGAACAGCAUGAUGUUGCUCUCACUGUAAUUCUCUGUCUAAUUCACACCGUAAUGCGUAUGCCCUUCUGGCGAAACAAAUCGGAUUCUCCCUUAGGUACUGCGAUGUUGAAAACCAAUGAAGUGCUACUUUCCAAAGUUGCAGGUGCUCGACAGUUGGACAAACAUCUUAGUCUCAGUCUGUUAUCACACAUGGGUCAGUCUAGGGCUGUGGAAUAUCUCCUAAAAAUGUGUUCAAGCACACAGAUUGAUUUUCAAAGGCAGAAAGCCUUGUCGUGUCUUGGAUCUAUUGUCACAAAUAUAUGGAAGACACAAGAUGUGCAUUCAUAUUUUAAGCUUAUGUCAGUUCAAAGCACAUGGGGCUUACGACUCUCUGAGCUAGGAAUACCAGCAAAAGAACUGCUUCGAGGGAAAUCUGAUCCUGAAACCGUUCUUCAAAAGCUUAUUGGAUCCAAAAAAGUUAAUUCUUCACUACUUCAAACUUUAUGUUUAGACUACCAGCUUGAUUUCCAGGAAGUGCUUCUGCAGCAUCUUUGUGCAGUUUUAUUGUCCUGGGAUCCAAACCCCCUUAUCUCUAUCAAUCCCGAUGGAACAAAGGAAAUCAUUGAACGCAAUACACAACAGCAAUUGCUAGAUCAAUGUUGGGAUAUCCAAAAGAAGAUUAGAAACAAAAAUGUCCUCUGCAACACUCUUGUAUCCACUUGGGAACGGGUUAAUUUCUACCAUCAUGAGGUCUUUAUUGUAAUUCUAGAGAUUUUGGAACGACAUGGUGUUGACAAUCAAAAUAACAAAAGAUUAAUUACAACAUUCCUGAAGAAAUAUCGCAGGGUCAAAGCACCAGACCAAGCAGAGGAAGAAUUUUGGUCGGAGGUUUUUCCAUCUUCAUUUGGUCUUCCUCAGAUGUCUGAAUUCCGUUUACCCUUUAAUCGGCGACUUGUUGAUUCACCCUUGCUGGUGGCUAGACAUGAAAUAAAUUUAAGCACUUACAAAAGUUGGUUGUCCAUUGCUGCAGCAUUGGAUAUACCCAAAGAUAAGAUAUGUACAAUAGCAGUGCAUCAAACAGUGACAGAGGACUUCAGUGGUUAUCAAAAUAAUAUGGAAUGGUGUGGAUCCUAUAAAAAUGAAGCUCUCUUUGAAUCAAUUGCAUCUUGUGUGGCAGAAAUGGAUGAUGUUGAGCAAGCAGCUGCCACACUAUAUUUCUUCAUGAAUAAGAUUCCUGCAGGCUUAGAUCAAGUUGCGGCUGCAAACCUUUGCUUACAAUAUUCUGAAAUAGUUUAUAAUAAGACAAAGGAGACAGAGUAUAAAAUGAAAAUUGAAAAGAAGUUCUUUCACCUUGCAACUUUACAAACAUUACAUCAAUAUGGCCUUGGUCAACCAUGUUAUUUACAACUUGCACAAAAUCCAACUGAGCUUAUUAAUGCUCUAUAUCAGCAUCCAACUAUUCUUGAAUUAUGUAGAGGCACUGCAUCCCACUCUCUUGAUAUUAAUGCUGCAGUUGAAGAGAUAAGUAAUGUGCACAAAAUCUGUUUAAAAACAUUACACAUGACUUUGGUGACAGAAUGGCUCCAACCUGAUCUUGUCAUGGAUUGCAAUACUUCAUUAGAUGAAGACUGCUUUAGGGGCAUGAAUCUCCCAAGAAAGAAGGAACAAGAAAGGAGUUCUUUUUCAAAUCUUUAUGGUGCUGAUGAUACCAUUUUAAGAGCCCGGUAUGUGAUGGAACAUGGAGAUGUACAAGAAUGGGCAUUGUUCUUGAUAAGCACUGUAUUCAAUGGAGAGUCUUGUGUUGGUAUGCGUUUGAGAGCCAUGCAAUGUUUGUGCAUGUUGACUGAUGAUGAAACUUUGGAGGAGCUUGCAGGAAGACCCAUUGCGAGCAUCCGAGAAAAAUAUCGCACAUUGGCUUAUUUGAGAGACUUGGAGAUACUUGGUUUGACAUAUUCAGAAGCUGGUUUUGAAUCUUGUGAUAAAAAAGAAUUAGCCAAUUUAAUACUACGAACCCAAUUGCAAAGUCCUCGAGCAAUAGGUCUACUUGUUCAUCUCUGUGUAGAUUACAAAAUUGCUCACAUGACUCUUUGGAAUUCCAUCCUGAAGCAAUUGAUUGACCUCACUAUGAUGAAGGAAUUAGAACAAGCAUUGUCCUAUACUUCAGAGAUGUACCAGCUCUGGAACCUUCCCACAUUCAGAAGUGCAUGGAAUUUGUUGCUAACUUCUCCUUUCUCUAAUUCAAACUUCAAUUCUGAUGAUAAGGAGUCAGCAAUGCUUGGUGCUCUCACUCUAUUUCCUACAUGUCCUAUAAUGAAACACAUUGAUGUGGCAGGUGCUAUAGAGUUUUGCUUGGCUAAUGGAAGACCAGAAAUCUCUGCACUACUUCUUCCAUAUGUAGAAAAAUCUCUUAUUAUUAAGUUCCAAGAGAAAAUAUUAUCAUCAAGGAAGUUGGAUGAUUUGUUGAGUGAUGUAAAAACGAUAACCGCCGAGAGAUGCAUCAAUAUAAGCAAGGUGCUCAGUAUAUUUUCUGGAGAUAGCAAUUAAGGGCUCCUAACCCAUGUGAUAUGC